AUGAUGAUGUCAGACAUUGAUGUAGUGACAGCAGGCACAUGGACUGCCACCACUGUUUCAUCGACAACUACUGCAGCAGGAGCAGUAAAAACUGCUUCAGUUGGCAACUCUAUACACUCUGCCUCCACCAACUCUUCGUUGGCUACGGCCACCAUGAUGGACAGCGACAACGUACACUACACCAGUAUCCAUGAAAACGGAGCAGUGUUCAGACAGUUUGAGGAUCUCGGGGAUUUUUUCCGGUCGACUUUAUACAAGGAGAUACGUAAGGGGAAGCAAAAGACCCAACUCGGUAUUCAUUUAAAGAAGAAGAACGUCGCUUAUCUUUUCGACCCUGCAGCGAACGAUUUCCAAAGCGAUGGUAGUUGGUGGUCGUCACCAAGCAACAAUAAUGUUCCCAUCAACUUUCUUGAAGUUGACUAUGGCAAGGCAAACAGCCAAACUGUCUAUGACUUCCCCAUCUCAUUGUGUGCGCUGUCCAUCCACGGCGAGGGAGGCACAUACGAAAUGAGUAACACACUCACUCGAGGUCUUCACGUGAACAUCGGACCUUCGUUUGGUGCCACACUAGUACUAUUGUCGUCGAGGAUGCAAGGGGGAAUUGGAGGAGUUAGUACGGAUUUAAGUACUUCUGGAGGCAUUUCGUGUGAGUUACCUAAACAGGGAAAGCUUCAAGUCUUUGUUGAUCUUCCCUUUGUUUCCUUCCCCGAGGCAAGAAAGCGGGACGUUGUUAUUUUGAAUAAGAAGAUAGAUUCCCAAGGAAAAUGGUCCAAAUUGAAGCCUACAGUCCAAGAGCGUUCUUCAUUGGGUACGCUCUUGUUUAACUUAGCGGAAUUCCCCACUCCAAAAUGUGUUGAUGAUCCUGCUAAGCUCCAAUGCUCUGCUAAUAAGUCGGUUGUAGGUAACGCAUAUGAAGCAGCUAAGAGGUUAACAUAA